CGCCCGCAUCCCACGAACAAGUCCGAAUUGUCGUCAACUGACUUUCUCUCGAAUUUCUCUUCUUUUUCCUAACCACCACCAUCUCACCGUCGUCGUCGUCGUCUGCGUCGUUCCCCACGUCCUUUACGACCCCGUCCAUAAACGCACACAAAAAAUGCUUGCCCGUGCCGCUCUCCGCUCGGUCUCGACCCCCCUCGCCACGCGCGCGUUCUCCUCUUCGCCCGCACGUCACACCAAGGUCGCCGUCCUCGGCGCUGGUGGAGGUAUCGGCCAGCCUCUCUCUCUUUUGCUUAAGCUCGACCCGAACGUCAGCAGCCUCAGUCUGUACGAUAUCCGUGGCGCACCCGGUGUUGCUGCCGAUGUCAGCCAUAUCGACUCCGCUGGCGAGGUGACUGGUUACGCUGCCGACCAACUCGAUGCCGCUCUCGAGGGCGUCAAGGUCGUCGUCAUUCCCGCUGGUGUUCCACGCAAGCCUGGUAUGACCCGUGAUGACCUCUUCAACACCAACGCCUCCAUCGUCCGCGACCUCGCCGCCGCCGUCGCCCGCGUCUCCCCCCAAGCGCACAUCCUCGUCAUCUCCAACCCCGUCAACUCGACCGUGCCCAUCGUCGCCCGCACGCUCGAGAAAGCCGGUGUCUUCGACCCCUCCCGCGUUUUCGGCGUAACGACACUCGACGUCGUCCGCGCCGCGCGCUUCCUCGCUUCCACCGCCUCGACCUCCUCGUCCGCCCUCGACCCGAAAGAGACCGUGGUGACCGUCGUGGGCGGACACUCCGGCCCUACGAUCGUGCCCCUCCUGAGCCAGACGAGCUACGGUAAGGCCGUGAAGGGCGAGGCGUACGAGGCGAUUGUUAAGAGGAUUCAGUUCGGUGGAGAUGAGGUUGUUAAGGCGAAGGAUGGUGCUGGGUCGGCGACGUUGAGUAUGGCGUAUGCCGGUGCGAAGUUCACGAAUGCGCUCCUGAGGGGAUUGAAGGGUGAGAAGGGCGUGAUCACCCCCACGUUCGUCAAGAGCCCGUUGUUCGAGGAUAAGGGCAUUGACUUCUUUGCGAGCAACGUCGAGCUCGGUGUCAACGGUGUCGAGAAGAUCCAUCCCCUCGGUCCUAUCUCCGCUGAGGAGGAGAAGCUCCUCGAGGCUUGCUUGCCCGAGCUCAAGAAGAACAUCGAGAAGGGAUACGCCUUCGUCGCCUAAGCGUGUCUCCUAGAGGCUCUGUCGCUCUCGGCUCUAUCUAUCUGCUGUCUGUAGAGAUCGGUAGAUGUGAUUUGGUGGGAUAUUGGUUCAAUUCUACAUGUUGUGCUUUUGCGAAACGGCGUGAUGUGAAUCAAGAUACAUUUCUCUGGUGUACAACAACCUUUCAGACGGAGCCUUCACAGUAAGGGUGGCAAUAUGAUAGAUAGUGUUACCGCCUGCCCUUGCCCUUCCCCUGCACAAGCGUGAAGCCAUCCUCAUCCACCACCGGCUCUGCCUUCGCCCUUCCCUCCCCAUCCGCACUUGUAUCCAUCAACUCCGGCGCCUCUGCCUCCUCCCCAUCCUCAUCUUCCCACUCUCCCUCCUCUUCCUCGUCCUCGCCGUGCGUCUCAUCCCGCACCUGAACACUGAUCUUCCGUCCCUUCAUCUUCGCCGCCUUCUCCUCCAAAUCUCUCACAUACUCCUCAACACUCGCCACAGACCCAGAAUUCGAAACGAUCUUGUCAUAAGCCCUAACGAUCUCCCUCGCAAACAACUGUGCGCUCCCAUCCUGCACGACCACAUCGAACUCAUCCUCCAUAACCUGCAACAACAUCUCCUCCACCCACUCCGCGUCCGGCGCCGGCUCUCCUCCUCCUGCUCCUCCCACGCUGUCAUUGUCAUUAUCGGGAGGAAAGAACGAAUCGACGAGCUCGCCCGCGAGCCAGGGCAGUUUCUGCGCUGCGGACGGACCGCCCCAGGAUUCGGAGAUGGCGGUGGAGAGGAUGGGCCAGGUGGGGAGGAGGGCGAGGAGGGAGCGGGCGAAGAGGAUGGAGGGUUGGGAGGGUUUUGGGGCUGACAUUGGUUUAUUUCUUUGGGAUUGGGUGUGUCGUGAGUUUUGGUUUGUUUUCCC